AUGCCAGGAGGGCCCUGGAGCAGCCCGGGUAGGUGCUGGCAUGGCCAUGGCGCUGAUCCAGCCCACAGGAACCCCAUCCCCAUCCCAGGCCCGGUUGCACCGCUAAGCCCUCACUAUCCUGUGCGGUCCCUGCAGCCCGGGGGGGCUCACCACCCGCCCCAGCAGGAUCCCAGUGCGAGGAAGGCGGCAGCAGCCCUGAGCUUGCCUGUGCUCAGCUCCAGCAGCUCUACAGCCCUCCAAGCCCCGACACACAGCUAUGCUGCCCUCUGCACCACGCAGUCUACCCCAGACAGUGCUGUCCCGACUGCUCUGGUAGAGGAGGGCAGCAGUGCAGCACCAGCCCCAACCCCACUCCCUGUAUCUCCAGCACCCUGCCCGGAGACCCCAGUCUCUGGCAGCAGGGCACCCAGCGUGGAGCAGCUGCUGGGCGAGGGUCUGCGCCCCCAGUGCCCACCCAGCCUCACCGCCGCCCGCCCCGUGCUGCGCUCCUACCGGCAGCUCUUCUCCUUCUGUGCUGAGGCCUGAGCGUGGCCACAGGCACCGGACCCGCACGUGCCACG